AUGUUGGACGUCGUGGUUAUUGGAGCCGGAUUCAGUGGCCUUGAAGCCGCCUAUUCGGCACAGCAAGCUGGACUCUCAGUGGCCGUUGUCGAAGCCCGCGAUCGUGUCGGAGGCAAGAUCUGGAGCGCACCACUAGCUUCUGGUCGCGGGUAUGCCGACCUGGGUGGUGCAUGGAUUAACGACAGUCUUCAGCCGCGAGUCUGGGCUUAUGUGCAGAAGUUUGGCCUGGGAGUCGUGAAGCAGCGACUGGAGGGUAGAGCUGUUAUGCAGGAAAGCCAGGAGAAGCGGUUCGAGUUCCCUUUUGGGGUUACGCCAGAUUUCUCGCCCGAAGAGAAGAAGAACCUUGAGUACAUUCGCGAUCAUAUCCAAGCUGAGUCGCUGAAAACUGGGUUGCCAUCCGCCCAGGUGGAUAAUGUCUCUUUGGACCAAUAUGUCCGUGACCUUGGUGCCCUUCCCAAGACCGCCCAGAUGGUCAAUCUCUGGGCACGGGUGAUGCAUGGCCUGGAGUCGACCGAGGAAUCUGCCGCUUGGUUCAUCGACUAUUGUCGCCGCAACAAAGGUCUUUUGGCUAUCCGUGCAGAUGAUUCUACGGGUGGUCAGCACCUACGGUUCCAGGAUGGCGCCCAGUCUAUUGCGACUGAAAUUGCCAAGUUGAUUGGAGCGGGUAACAUCCACCUUGCAUCUCCAGUGGCUUCAAUCAAUGACUAUGGCUCGCAUGUUGGCGUCAUCACACGGACCGGAAAGACAUUCCUCGCCAGAAAAUGCAUUCUCUCUGUCCCUAGCACCAUGUACAAGGAACUCAACAUCACCCCGGCCCUACCACAAGCGGUGCAAGAGGUCACCAACAACACUAUUUUGGGUGACUACAACAAAGCGAUUGUGUGCUAUGACAAGCCCUGGUGGAGAGAACAGGGAUUCAACGGCUAUUUCGCCAGCUACUUGGGUCCCGUGAUUCUCGCCCGAGACACCAGUGUCGACGAAAGAAAGCACUACUCCUUGACAUGUUUUGUCAACGGUCUGCCCGGACGCCAGUGGAGCAAGCUGCCCCCACACGAGCGGCGGGCUGUGGUUCUUAAGCAGGUGGCCCAGAUCUUCAAAACGGAUACCAAAUCAGAGGUGUUUCGGCCCAUCGAGGUGUUUGACCAGAUUUGGCAGCAUGAAGAAUUUAGCAGAGGUGCCUUGGCUCCUGUUACUGCUUUGGGGCAUCUCACAAAGUAUGCUUCGGUCUAUGGUAGGCCGGUUGGCAAUGUGCAUUUUGUGGGCACGGAGUAUAGUCCUGAGUGGAAGGGUUAUAUGGAGGGGGCGCUUUGCUCGGGAGAGUUGGGUGCUCGCCAGGUGGUGGAAGCUAUCCAGAGGGUACCGGCUGCGAAACUGUAA